AUGUCUCAAAAACUCAUUACUUUCUACGAUAUUACGACGAAAGCCAAACCCAACCCAGGACCGUCGCCGUUCACAGCGAAAGUACGAUGUGCAUUGAAUUUCAAGGGCAUCAAGUUCACAACCGUCUGGUUGGAAUACCCUGAAAUCGAGGCAGAAUGCAAAAGGAUCGGUGCGCCGCCUACGGGCAAGAGGCCAGACGGAAGCCUUUUGUAUACGUUGCCCGUUAUUCAAGACCUAAGCACAGGCGUAGUGAUGUCGGAAAGCAAUGUCAUCCUUGAAUACCUCGACAAGACAUAUCCUGACACACCCAAGCUUUUCCCUGGGAACACGCUGGGGAUUCAACUCGCUUUUGAUGCUGCAGCUCAGACCCGUCUUCUCGAUAUUCUCCCUUUGGCCAUUGCGUACAUUCCUGCUGGCUUGAACCCUGUUGCAGAGGCACACUGGCGCAGUACGAGGGAGAGACAGCUGGGAAAGAGAGUUGAAGAAUUAGAACCGAAAGGAGAAGCGAGAGUCGCUGCUUUACAGAAGAUACAGGCUAGCCUUGGCGAAGUAGAUGGCUGGAUUUCAAAGAGUGGAGAAGGGAAAUUCAUAAUGGGCGACGAGAUGACAUUCGUGGAUAUCUCACUUGGCGCAGCUUUAUGUGGGGUGAGGGUCGCCCUUGGGGACAAAGGCGCCGCUUUCUGGGAGGAGAUUUCAGGCUGGCACAGUGGAAGGUGGGAACAGUUGAGGAAGGCUUGCGAGCCGUACCACAAGUAA